AUGCACGUCUCCAGUUCUGAGGAAUGCUCUGACUUGGAGUUUGCUGGCUUUGAGAAUAAGGAGCUGAUGAUCCAAGUGGGCCCUUUGAAUCCUGAUGACAGGCACAAGGCGCAGUCUGCCCUGUUUGCCUCCUGCCUCAGUUCUCGCCUCUUUGCCUUUCACACUCUGUGCUGCAGUUGCUUUUCAUUUAUCUCGCUGCCUGGAAUGUGUGAAUGUGUUCACUGCCUAGAAAGUCUUCCUCAAAACCAGGCGCUCUCCUGUGUGGGCGCAGCCUGGCACCCUGAGGAAAGCCUUGCUUACCCUUCCCUGCACUGUGUCCUGGUACCAGCCUCUCCUCCGCUUUGGCCCUCGUCGCAUCACCCAGGAACGGCAUCUGUUGCAGUGGCUGGGCUCCUUGCUGCUCUUCGAAUAACCAAGAACAAGCUGGCUGAUCAGACGAUACUGUUCCAAGGCGCUGGAGAGGCCGCCCUGGGCAUUGCUCAUCUGAUCGUGAUGGCCAUGGAGAAAGAAGGUUUGCCAAAGGAGAAAGCGAUCAGAAAGAUAUGGCUGGUUGACUCAAAAGGAUUAAUAGUGAAGGGACGUGCUUCCUUAACACCAGAGAAGGAGCAGUUUGCGCACGCACACGAGGAGAUGAAGAGCUUAGAAGCCAUUGUGCAAGAAAUCAAGCCGACUGCGCUCAUUGGAGUGGCUGCAAUCGGUGGUGCAUUCUCUGAACAAAUUCUCAAAGACAUGGCGGCCUUCAACAAGAGACCUAUCAUUUUCGCCUUAAGUAAUCCAACCAGCAAAGCAGAGUGCUCCGCGGAGCAGUGCUACAAGUUCACUCAGGGCCGCGCGAUUUUUGCCAGUGGCAGUCCUUUCGAUCCGGUCACUCUUCCGAGCGGACAGACCCUGCACCCCGGCCAAGGCAACAAUUCCUAUGUGUUCCCUGGCGUGGCGCUGGGGGUCGUGACGUGCGGCCUGAAACAUAUCAGCGACAAGGUCUUCCUCACUACUGCCGAGGUCAUCUCUCAGCAGGUGUCAGACAAGCACCUAGAGGAGGGCCGGCUCUACCCGCCUCUCAACACCAUUAGAGACGUGUCGCUGAAGAUUGCAGUGAGGAUUGUGAAAGAUGCAUACCAAGAAGAGACGGCCACGGUUUAUCCGGAGCCGCAGAACAAAGAAGCGUUUGUUCGUGCGCACAUGUUCUCUCCCGAGUAUGACCAGCUGCUCCCCGAAUGCUACCCCUGGCCAGCCAAUGCCCGGAAAAUGCAGACCAAAGCCGACCUCUAGCCACGGCCCGUGCUCUCCACGGCAGCUCAGAGAGCUGGAAACAGCCCUUCCUAGUUUCUGAAGGUUGGAAUCUUUUACGAUGAUAUGCUUAGAAUAGGGUAAUUUUACUUUAAAAAUUGAAAUUUUCCUGGAAGAUCAUUAAUAUAAAUGAAGACAAACUUCACACUGGAUGAUUUCACUUGAUUUACCUUUUUGUAAUUUAUGGUUUCUAUCUUAAUUAUUUUACCCCAAUUCUCUUUAAAAAGCGAUUGCUCUUGCUACUGAGAAACUCAUCUUUUUUUGUAUAGAAAACUUAAUGGGAAGACCAAAAUUAGAAAUAGAUAUGAUCAACAUUAAACCCCACAAUUCCUUCGUUGACCAUUUUGCUAAAAAUCCACUUUCUAAAAACAAAUAAAAGGCAGAUGAAUUUAGGAAUACACUUUUGCUAAACAGAAACAACAUGACUCUAUUGCCUAGAGAAAAGAAGCAGCUUUUCAGGUAUUUUUAUUCCAGUCCCCUAUUAGAUUAUAUUUGCUCCUUUUCUCUCUCACGGAAUCUACUGUUUCUCAGAGGAGAAAGAUCACUGCUGUUUACAACACCUUGCGCAGUUGGAUUUUCAUGUUCUUCCGUCAUUGUGACACCUCAUAGAAUAAAGCUCUCACACUGGAUCCUCA